UUGCCAGAUGACUCGAUGCCCGCUGUUCCGCCAGAUGACUUGGUGCCCGCUGUCUUGCCAGAUGACUCGGCGCCCGCAGUCUUGCCAGAUGACUCGGUGCCUGCUGUCGAGCUUAAAGACCCGAUGCCCGCUGUUUUGCCAGAUGGCUUGGUGCCCGCAGUCUUGCCAGAUGACUCCGAGCCCGCUGUCUUGCCAGAUGACUCGUGCCUGCUGCUCCGCCUGGUGGCCCGGUGCCCGCUGCUCCGCCUGGUGGCCCGGUGCCGCUGCGCCUGCCUGAUGUGCCUCUGCCCGGUGCCCAGCCUG